AUGAAGAAGGUAGAAGCACUUGACCACCGCCACGUCACUUUCUCCAAGCGCAAGAAAGGACUUUUCCAAAAAGCCGACCAACUCAGCAGCCUCACUGGCACCGAAAUCGCGGUCGCGGUGGUCGUUGUUUCCGAAUGCGGCAGGGUUUUUGGCUUCGGCACCCCAAGCUGUGACGCCAUCACCGAUCGUUACCUUGCCGGUGAAAAGGUCAGGAGGGUCGUAGGUGGGAAGGGCUCAGGCGGCGGCGGCGGGAAGGUUCAAGUGGUGGUUGGGCACCAGCAAUUUCAAGGUGGCGCAGCAGCACAACAGCACUCCAGCAGAGUUGAGCAGAAAAAAGAUGAGCUACUAGAGAAGAUGGUGGACGGAGCUGGUUCACCGGCAAACUCGGCUGCUGGGAUCAUUGUCGCAGAGGGUGGAGCAGCUGGAGAGGGCUCUCAUCAAUGA